CUAAACCCACAGCUACAGAAAUAGAAUUAGGGUUUUCAAAAUCCGCGCCAAAUCGAAGCCCUUUUCACUCUCAUUUGGGGAUAUGGCCGACGAAGACGAGAAUUCGUCAACUCCGAGGCCCGAUAAGCCCAGCCCUCACUCAGCCCUCAACUCCCCCUCCAUGCGCCUCGGCGACAACUGCGGUAACACUCCGCUUUUGAGAAAUCUGCAGACCGCUGAAGAGUUCAUAUCAUCGGUGGCGGCCAAAAUUGCCGCUCAGCCGCUUCAGUACUCUGAUCCCGGUGUUUGGGGAGUGCUCACGGCCAUAUCUGAGAAGGCGCGCAAGCGCAAUCAGGGCAUGAAUAUGCUUCUAACUUCAAACGAACAUUGCAUUGGUCGGCUAGUAGAUGAUACGCGUUUUCAGAUCAUUGCACCAGCAGUUAGUGCUAAUCAUUGCAAGAUAUACCGAAAGAAGAUUGCUACUGGAGAUACAGAACAGCAAUUGGCAAGCUGUUCCGUGUUCUUGAAAGAUUCUAGCACAAAUGGGACAUAUUUAAACUCGGAGAGACUGAACAAAAAUACUUUUGAAGCGAAGCUACGCCAUGGCGACAUUAUCUCAAUAGCAUUUGCUCCGCACCAUGAACUUGCUUUUGCAUUUGUAUAUCGUGAAGUCCAGAAAUCCUCUUGCCUGACUGAUGGUGGAUCUCUGAAGAGAAAACCAGAGGAAUAUUGUGCUGAUAACAAGAGACUGAAAGGAAUUGGCAUAGGAGCUUCUGAUGGUCCACUCUCCCUUGACGAUUUUCGCAGCCUUCAAAGAUCAAAUAUGGAACUCCGGAAGCAACUGGAAGAUCAAGUUGCAACAGUUGAAUCCUUACGCAGUGAAAGUCGUGCAGCUACUGAGAAGCAUGAUACUGAAAUGAAGGAGUUGAAAGAAUCUGUAUCAAAUUCUUUUCUAGAUCAACUCAGUCAGAUGAACCAAUUUUUGGAGUCUAAAGACAAAGAAUUAGCUGAGCUAAAUCGAAUGUCUGCUGAGCAAAAACAUGGGAUUGAGGACCUUAAUGAAAGACUUAGUGCAUCUAUGCAGUCAUGCACUGAAGCCAAUGAAAUAAUUACUAGCCAGAAGGCCUCUAUAUCAGAGUUGAAAAUACUACUAGAUGAAGAGCGUGACCAGAGAAGAGAAGAGCGAGAGAAAGCUUUGGAAAAUAUGAAAAUGGCAAUACAAAGAGUACAGGUAGAGGCAAUGGAGGAACUGAAACGAGUAUCGGAAACUGCUACGAGACGAGAGAAGGAGCAAGAAGACGUUAUAAAUAAGCUUCAGGAGGCUGAGAAGGAAAAUUGUACAUUGGUGGAAACAAUGAGGUCCAAAUUGGAAGAUGCACGGCAAAAGUUAGUGAACUCUGAGAACAAAGUGCGUCAAUUGGAGGGUCAAAUCCAUCAGGAACAGCAAGCAUCUGCCAGCACUAUAAAAAGGGUUGAAGAACUGGAACAUGAAAGAAAAGGACUGAGGAAAGAACUUGAACGUGAGAAGCAGGCAGCUCGUGAGGAAGCAUGGUCAAAGGUGUCUGCUCUUGAACUUGAGAUUAGUGCUGCAAUGCGGGAUCUUGAUUUUGAAAGGCGUCGGCUAAAAGGCGCUAGGGAAAGAAUUAUGCUCCGUGAAACACAGCUACGUGCUUUCUAUUCGACAACAGAGGAGAUAUCAGUGCUGCUUGUGAAGCAGCAAGAACAGCUUAAAGCAAUGCAAAGGACACUAGAAGAUGAAGAGAACAAUGAGACAACAUCAAAUGAUAUUGAUCUCAAUCCAGUCGAUGGCAAAGAAACUGGAUCUCUAGUGAGAGACAAGGAUGGGGUUUGUCAAAGCAACGGGAAGGCUAAAAUGGGACCUUUCCUUGACAUGGAUCAAGUUGUGUCUUCGAGUGAUGAAGCAAGUGUAACAGAGAAGCAUGACUGCAAUGCCAAAACCCAGGAACAGGGCGAAGAAACACAAGAGGUAGAAUUUGGCGGUGCUGAGUGUGAUGACGAGGCCAAGGGUGGGUUUGGCUCUGACAUCAAUGGCAUUGGCACGGCACCCCUCUCUUGUGGAGAUGCCAUUGGAACCGAGCAAAUUCCUGAAACUGAAGGCGUCGGCACACCCCAACUCUUGGAAGGUGGCGCUGCUGAAACCGAGCAAGUUCUGGAGACGGAAAGCCUGGAACUUCAGAGUGGCAAGAACAUCGAUCUGAAUAGGUGCAGCACGCCAGAUGUGGAUGCGAUGCAGGUUGAUAACUGCACCAACGAGCAAGAGACACCAGAACACGAUCAAAACACUUCCCGGUCACAAGGUCGCCAUGAUGGUGAGGAUGAACGAAUAGAAGACACAGAAGGCGGAGGGACUAUCAAUACGGCAGACCUGUUGGCUUCCGAAGCCGUUGGGAGCUGGGGUUGCAGCACAGCUCCUUCGGUUCACGGAGAGAACGAGUCGUCACCAGCGAGUGGGACGAAAGAAGACAAUGAAUGUGCUGCAGCUGCACAUGAUUCCAGCAGUGUCGUUGCAGAGAGCCAACACAUCCCGCCCACCAAGCUGGAAGCCGCUGCCAGACGGAACCACGAGGAACGGCGGGCACUCAGUGAGAUGAUUGGCAUAGUGGCGCCUGAUUUGAGGGAGCAGUUUAGUCGGGUUGUUGAGAGUGAUGAUCGAGUGGGAUCUGAAAGGGGAGUGGAUUAUAAUUCUGACACCGAAGAUUGCAGCGAUAACGAAGAUGGCGGUGGAGAAGCAUCGGAUGCUGAAACAGAGGGAGCCGCCACUGACGUUGAAAUGGAGGGAGAUGAUGACACCCAAGAAGACUCUGUUGGAUAGGGACAAGACAGUUCAAUUAUUGUUUAUGCAUUUCUUGCUUUUUGUGAAUAAUGUUAGCCUUGGGCGGUGUAGGACUCUAGGAACACGAGGUGGAUAUAGUUAGUUAGUGGCUUAGUGCUAUUUCUUCUCCGAUUACUCACUUCUUGCUUGCUGUCCCAUUUUUUGUGUUUCAGUAGUUAUUUAGAAUCCAGAGUAACCAAUUAAGAUAUCUACUUAAUUAUUUUUCAAUA